GGAAUUUCCCAUCGACAACGCAACAUGCCCAACCCGUCCGUUUUCUUCGACAUGACCAUUGGCGGCGAAGCUGUCGGCCGCAUCGUGAUGGAAUUGUACGCCGACAAGGUCCCCCUCACGGCCGAAAACUUCCGUGCGUUGUGCACCGGUGAAAAGGGUGUCGGCCGCUCGGGCAAGCCUUUGCAUUUCAAGGGCUCGUCGUUCCACCGAGUCAUCCCCAACUUUAUGUGCCAAGGCGGUGAUUUCACUCGCGGCAACGGCACGGGCGGUGAAUCGAUUUACGGCGACAAGUUUGCUGACGAAAACUUCAGCGGCAUCCACGACGUCCCUGGUGUUUUGUCGAUGGCGAACGCCGGCCCCAACACGAACGGCUCGCAAUUCUUCAUCUGCACCGUCGCCACCCCCUGGUUGGACGGCAAGCACGUCGUGUUCGGCCGUGUCACCCAAGGUAUGGAUGUUGUGUCUAAGAUCGAAUCGUUCGGCUCGCAGUCUGGCCAAACCAAGAAGCCUGUCGUGAUUGCCAACUGCGGCCAAUUGUAAACGGCUUAAUGCAAAAACACCUCUACAUACCCCACCCUCGUCGUUGAACCCGACGACUCUUUCAUGCACGAGAGUGAAGAGCCAUCCCAAAGGGUACAUUUUACUUCUCCCGACUUUUGACAACUUUUCGCACAUGGGCGCGCAGGACGGAGCCAAAGUUGAGCAUCUCCUUGAACGAUGGAAAAUAGUUGACAUCGACGACCAUCAGCUCGUUCGUGUUGGACGCCAUGAUCACAUCGAAACCAAACAACGACAAGUUGGUUGUCGCCUGGAUCGCUCGGCCGAUGGCUUGAACGCUCUUGUCGAGCGCCUCCGUCCACAGUGUCGCCGGAUCGUUCAAUGGUGCAGCCGUCCCACUUGAGCUGGACGAUAGAGGUCCAUG